AUGCGCUCUGCUCCAGCCAUCAGAGCCUGCCAGAGAGCCUGCCGGUGCCUCUUGUCUGGGUUUGGGGGUCAAGUAGACGGGAGGCAGCCGGAGCAGUUGUCGGAAGGGACCAGCUCCUUCGUAGGGCCCGUGAGGUCGCAAGUGGAGCUACCCCGAAACGAGCCGAGAGAAGCCCCCGAGUCUGGUGGUGAGGGGAGCGAGGAGCUGGUAGAGAUCUGUCAGAAGAGACGUUUCCUCAGUGGCACCAAGCAGCAGCUUAGCCGAGGUUCUCUUCUAAACGGAUGCCACCCCGGCCUUGGCCCCUUGGGCACAGAGUUGCGGAAGAACCUGGCGGCCGAAUGGUGGUCCUCGGUGGUGGUGUUCAGGGAGCAGGUCUUCCCGGUAGACGCCCUCCAUCGUGAACCAGCUCCUUCGCUGCCCGUGGACAGUGGCUUCAGGUUAGUUUCUGCAGAAACGCUGCGCGAGAUCUUGCAAGACAAAGAGCUGAGUAAGGAACAGCUAGUAGCAUUUCUUGAGAACUUACUAAACACUUCUGGGAAACUACGGGAGAACCUUCUUCACGGUGCCUUGGAGCACUAUGUUAGUUACCUGGAUCUGAUAAACAAGAGGCUACCUUUUGGCCUUGCUCAGAUUGGAGUGUGUUUUCACCCUGUUUCUGAUACUAAGCAGACGCCUGAUGGUGUUAAAAGAAUCGGUGAAAAGACUGAAGCUUCUCUGGUAUGGUUUACUUCAGCAAGAACUGCAAGCCAGUGGCUUGAUUUCUGGUUACGUCAUCGACUCCUAUGGUGGAGAAAGUUUGCUGUGAGUCCAUCUAACUUCAGCAGUGGAGAUUGUCAGGAUGAAGCAGGCCGAAAAGGAAACAAACUUUACUACAAUUUUCCCUGGGGAAAGGAGCCAAUAGAAACCCUGUGGAAUCUAGGAGAUCAUGAACUUUUACAAACGUAUCCUGGAAGUGUGGCUCAAUUGCACGGCCGAGACGGGCGGAAGAACGUGGUUCCUUCUGUUUUAUCUAUAAAUGGAGAUCUAGAUCGAGGCAUGCUGGCCUACCUCUAUGAUUCUUUCCAGCUAACAGAGAACUCCUUUACAAGAAAGAAAGAUCUUCAUAGAAAGGUGCUUAAACUUCAUCCUUGUUUGGCCCCCAUUAAAGUUGCUUUGGAUGUGGGACGAGGCCCAACAGUGGAACUAAGACAGGUUUGUCAAGGGCUGUUUAAUGAAUUACUAGAGAAUGGAAUUUCUGUGUGGCCUGGUUAUUUGGAAACCGUGCAAUCUUCACUGGAACAACUUUAUUCAAAAUAUGAUGAAAUGAGUAUCCUCUUCACAGUGUUGAUUACUGAAGCUACUUUGGAGAAUGGAUUAAUACAUUUGAGAAGUAGAGACACCACAAUGAAGGAAAUGAUGCAUAUAUCCAAAGUAAAAGACUUUCUAACUAAAUAUAUAUCAUCAGCUAAGAAUGUAUAG